GAAAGCAAUUUAGGAAAAGAAAUAAUGACCUUUCCUUUCUCGGACUGAGAGUUGAAAUUCUCUCUACUCAUUCUCCAAUCUCUUCGCUUCCUUCCACACAAAUCAAUGUCGGAAUCGAUGACCUGCUGCAGGUGCUGCGUCAGCUUCAUCCUCUCGGUUGGACUGACCGCUCUCUUCCUCUGGCUGAGCCUCCGUCCUACCUCACCGACCUUCUCCAUCCAAACCUUCUCUGUUCCUGCCCUAAACACUUCCGCCAAAUCCACCCCCACUACCAACGUUUCCAUCGAUUUCAGAAUCCAAAACUCCAACAAAUUCAAGGGAAUUUACUACGAUACCCUCAACAUCACUCUCUAUUACUCCCCAAACCUAACCUUCCCCAUUGGGAACACUUCAAUAACUGGGUUCUAUCAGGGGCAUAAGAAGAAGGCCACCAAGAAAGCAACCCUUCAGAAGGUGAAGAUUCCUUGGGGAUCGGCGGUGAAGACCGUUUCGUCAAACGGGACGGUGGGUUUCAGGGUGGAUUUGGUGACGACAGUGAGGUAUAGGAUCGUUGGGAGGAAGACCGGACGGCAUCAAAUGAGGGUUCAUGGUGAUGUGAUCAUCGACAAACAGGGCAAGCAAACCAACAAGAAAUCGAUAAAGCUGAAAUCGGCGGCGCCCUCCGGCGGCGGCUGCUGCCACCGGCAUUGGUUCUUCAGGGUUAUGGCUUUACUCUUUGUUUUGUUGAGUUCAGAUCCUUUUCAAUUACUAUAGUGGUUACUGAUCUCCAUGGACACUGCUUGGAGGAUGAACAAUUUCUUGUAUUUAGUUUUACUUGAACAAUACUGUAAGAAAAGAAUUUCUUCUGAAUCCAUCCUAAUCAAUGAAAUUUUUUUUUUUUUUGUCUCUUAAAUUUAAGUUGCAGAGUAAGAUAUGCAUGCUGAGAUUUUGAUACUUAAUUCACAAAACUAGACUAAGCAAUUGGAUUUUGGUUGGUUUGUGCAGGAUGGAAUGAUGGAUGCAUGGCUCUCUCUUGAAAUCCUCAGCAGGAGGAAUCAAUUUUCAAAUUUCAGACUUGAGUGGGGAAAAAAAUCCGUGGUACUAAUUUAACAGAUUUUAUUCACCAAACCCAAAAUUAAAAUAAAUAAUAAUAUUUGAUUUGAAAACAGAGUAUUCAUAAAGAAAAACCCAAG